UACAAAUACACCCUAAUUUCUGUGGAGAAACAGAGGCAGAAUCCAAUUGGUGAAAAGCGAAGGGCGAGCUCCAGUUCGAGAGGGUUUAGUCGAACGAUUCCGAUCUCUAGAAACAGAGAGGAAGAGAGUGAUGCGAGGAACUGGAGGACCUCUUCUUUGCAUUGGCGAUCUUCUCUGCGAUGUCGGAGAAGAAGAAGCCGUAGAAGGAAAGGGUUUGAAUGAAACCCCCAAAUCAAUUCCAUCUCCAUCUUCUUCCUCUUCUUCUGUUUCCACCACACUUUUCGACCUAUCUCAACCUCCUGAUCUCCCCCAACUCUUCCAGGAAAAUUACGACCAAUUGAACAAAGUAUUUGAUGAUAAUGAUCACUCAUGGACUGCUUUGACAUUGAAGAUGUGUAGUGCUCUUGAUACUGCUACUAAGUUGGUUGAAUCAACCAACUCGAAUUCAAGAUUUUUGUUGGAGAAGAUUGUUGAGCUUGAACAUGUUUUGGAAAAGGGAGACGCUACAAGAGAGGCAGCCAUGGCCAUCCAAACUAGUUAUAGCUCUCAAAUUGCUCAAGACUCCAUUUCUUCUCUGAAUGAAGAAAACUAGUUCUUUGAAGAGGCUUGCAGUAGAUGAGACUACUCUCAAGGUUGGAAUGGGAGAGGUAGUCUUGGUAUGAAACAGUGGGAGAUUCGAAGUUGUUUUUUAAAGACAAAUAUCUGGUACUUAAAUUUUUUUGUAUUUACCUCAAAUGAAGAACUUGAUAUCUAUCUCUUGUAUCUUGGGACAUAUAUAUAAAAUAUCUUUAAAAUUAAUGAAGCGUUCAUUUUCUGUAGAGGUAUUCAAAUAUGUUUUACUAUACUUGAAAACAACUUAUAUAAAUUUAGACCAUCUAGAGCAAACUUUGUCUUAAAUAUUGAAAUAUUUAGAACAAUCGAAAUUCAGUAUAAAUGACAAUAAGUUUCUUCUAAGGCCUAUUUAUGACGCUUUACACUUUGUCACAUAAAUCUCAAUAGAUUAGUUAAGAGUGGACUUCUAAAUUAGUUAGAAGAUAACUCUCUACCUCCAUGGGAAUCUUGUCUUGAAAGAAAAAGAUGACAAAGAGAUAUUUGAGUGGAAAAGAUCUUAGAGCCAAAGUACUUUUAGAGCUUAUACAUUUGGACAUCUAUGACCAAUGAAUGUCAAAGCUCGGGGAGGGUAUGAAUAUUUCAUUAGUUUCAUUGAUGAUUAUUCAAGGUAUGAUUAUGUUUACCUAAUGCAUCAUAAGUCUGAUUCUCUUGAAAAGUUCAAAAAAUAUAAGGCUGAAAUUGAGAAUGAAUUAGGUAAAACAAUAAAGAUGUUUCGAUCACAUCGAGGUGGAGAGUACGUGACCAUGAAGGAAAAAUAAGACAUACACAGCAAAAUAAGGAUAAAAAUUAAUCUAAUUGCAACUAAACAAUUUAGUAAUUAACAUGCAUAAUUACCCUAAUUAAAUGAAAUAAGGGUUAAAAGAAAAACUCACCUUUGAAGCUUCUCAAUUCUCACAAUCUCCUCACGAACUUGAAGCCAAGACCACCACUAGCGUUGAUUGAUAACCGGUAGAAAUACGAGUUAUUGUAGCCUUUUAGGUAGAAUAAUAUGACUAAAAUGCAUAAGAAAUGUGUCAAAAUGUGUAGCUUAUGUUGUAAAUUCAUAAAUAUUUGGAAAUACAUUUUACAUAAGCUUUCAUGUCUGUUUCACCCUGUUUGUAGAGUCUGAACGCAAGUUUUGUGAACAAAAGAAGAAGCUGAUGAAUCACAAAGGAACUCCCAAGAAGACUAGGCGAGAAGGCCA